GGGACGGUACGGCGACGUGACGCUGAGCAGUUGUAAUGUACUAGAUAUUACGGACGACAUCACACAGAGCCGUCCCGCUCGGCGCGACGCGACGCGACGAUCUAGUACAUUGUGUCACGUCGCCGUCCCGUCCCGCCACGCCGCGCCCGCUGUGUGCAGAGACCAUUAAUCUUUAGAAACGUACAACAACAUUAUUCGUCAUACAGGAAUGUAAAAAGGUUUACAUGACAACAAAGAAAAGUCUUAGAAUGACCCAUUGGGUACUUUAUGGAAUGACCAGAGAGCUGUGACUGGCAGUGACUAGAAUUUGAUAGUGUCAAAAACACAAAGUUGAAUAAUUUCAAAUUAUCGACGAAUCGCUUACCAUUAACCAAAAAUUGAAUAUCUACAAUUGAUAAUGGCCAGCUUAAUAAUGACUAGUGAAAAUACAUAUACAAACACAGAAACUGAUUAUACACAUCCAAGCUCAGAACUUGAAACUAUACAUGUAAACACGGAAGUUGAGAAUACUCAUCCAAACACAGAAUCUGAAAAUACCGAAAAGACUGACAGCCCUCGUGAAACACAUAACCUUCAUAAAACUGAAACGGUCGCAGGGAAUAAAUCCCAUGCUUCAUCUUCAACAGACAAAAAAUCCGAAUUUUCCAAACCCAGCUUCCAAUUUCUGCGCACACAAAUUGAUACUGACAGUGAUAAUAUUAAAGCAGAAUACGAUAGAGAUUAUAAAGAUGUUUCAGGUGUGAACAUAAGAGAUUGUGGAGAACCUUUGAGACCACAGGUUUUGCGAAUCGAUUUCAAUCCAGGAGUUGAUGAUGAUGAUUUCAUGCAGAAAAAAUGUGUUGACUUCUGGAAGUUCAUCAAUGAUCACCCAGAGUUGAGUUCGUUGAAAGUAAAGGCUAACAAGGAAAGUGUCACGAAGGAAUCCUCAACCAAUAUGACAUCUUCUGAGACCGCCUCCUCUACGGCCUCGUCCGGAUCGAGUGGAGGAUACGGGUUGACACCAAUCACUAUGAUGUCUCUUGAUUGGCUGAAGAACGGAGAGCUGAUGAACCACGCAUUGGCUACGAAGGCAGUCAUAAAACCAUGCGAGCUUGUAACAAAAUACGAUGAGUAUAGCCAAAAUAAACCGGACGAUUGGCCUCCAGGAAAAAAACCAGUUGCAAGAGUGCAUCGGGUCCCAAAUUUGGUUCCCCGGUCCAGUUCCAAGAGUCGAGCACAUUCAUCCAACAAGAUAAAUCAGGAUAAAAGCCUAAAACUCAUGCUGGCUGAGAUGAAGAGAUGGGAUUCACAACAUCCGAAAUCCAUGAAGCCCCCAAAUAAUCCUCCCGGAUUUGCUCUAGAGAAACCUGAGCGCAUUCUACUGCCGUACAUAGCACCUAAUGAAGAUAAAUAUUGUGAAAAGUGCAUUAAUUAGUGUCUGUUUGCGAUUAGUGGAAGAAUAGAAGUUAUUUUAAGUUUGAGUCUAUUGAAGAUAUUCUAUUGAAUUCAGUUCUACAUCACAAGAUGGAGUUUGAUUCGUUAGUUCUUACGGACUUAUCCGUUUAGCUUAUUUUUUGUUCUUGGUCAUGUUUACUGCAGUUGAAAGGUUAAAAACACUUAAGUUUAAGUUACGUUAAGUUGUUGUUAUGUUACUAAGCUGAAAUUCGUAUAAUAUAAGUUUGGUUUAAUUCAA